AGGAAGAAUUAAAAUAUAAUGAAUCGGAUGAUGAGGAAAGCAUUGAAAAUUCAGGAGUGGAAAAAGAAGAAUCUGACUCUGACGCUGAGUUUAUAUUCGAUAAUUCGAUUAAAAAGAAAUCGCCUUCUGCGUCCGAAGGGACUACUUUAUUUAUAAGAAAUCUUCCUUUUGAGGCAACUAAGGAAGAAUUGCAUGAUGUAUUCUCUUCGUUUGGACCACUACAAUAUUGUGUCUUAACUAUGGAUAAUGAUACAGGACGUUCGCGUGGCACUGGAUUCGUGUGUUUUAAGGAACUAAAAGAUGCAAAUCAUUGUCUCGAGGAGGCUGAGAAAUUACAAAUGAAUCUUAAGAACGAGACCACCGAAUGUACUACUGUUACAGAAAAAAAUAAAAGACGCAACGAAUUGCAAUUCAGAUCAAUAUUAAUGCCUGACACUUUUGAUCGACAAGCAGAAAAAUUCACAUUACAUGGCAGAGUUUUGUCGGUUGUGCGAGCAGUCGAACGAGAACAGGCCAAAAAAUUGAAAGAACAAAAUCAAGAUAGGAAACGUAGAGAAGAUCGCAGAAACAUUUAUUUAAUGAAAGAAGGAGUGAUAUUCCCGGAUACGCCUGCCGCGGCUUCCCUCACUCCCUCAGAAGUUACAAAGCGGGCCACUUCAUAUUCGCUCAGAAAAAAUUUACUGGCGAAAAAUCCCAACCUUUUUCUAUCCAAAACACGACUAUCAGUUAGAAAUCUUCCGCUUUCAGUUGAUGAGAGACAAUUGAAAGCUUUGGGCAAAGAGAGCAUUAUAAAAUUCAAAGAACAGGCCAAAAUUGUGCGCUCAAAAGAUAGAAUAGACUUGAACACAAUAAAGCCGCGCUCAAAAGGAUACGGUUUUUUGGAAUUCACGCAUCAUGCUCAUGCAUUAGCUGCAUUACGGUACCUUAACAAUAAUCCGAAAUUGUUUGGCGACAAAAAGCGAUUGAUUGUAGAGUUUGCUGUUGAGAAUAAUAUUAUUCUAAAAAAGAGAUUAAUUCGUAAUAAAAAUCCUGGAUCUAUUACCACUGAUAAUAGUAAUAAUCACUAUAAACAUAAUCUUAAAAAUAAUAGUCGAGGCAGAAAAAAUUUAAAGAGAAAGCCCGAAGAUACAUCGAAUAUUCCAAAGAAGGAUAAAAUUUCUAAGAAAAAAGCAAAGUUUAAUAACAAAUAA